GAUUCCACUAUCAGUUUCCGUGGCUGGCUUGAGGCUACUUGGUUCGUCCCAAGUCGCCGGUGCAACUGUCAAGUCUCCCAGCUCAUCCGGAUAUACCACAGUGCCACCAGUUUAGCAGCGCGUGAGGGCAACAAGAUUUUUGUGCGACAAUGCGCAAAUGCAUAUUUGUUAAGGCUGAAAUUCGGUUACGCAUCACGCCGUCGACUCUUCCAGUCUGAUCGCUUUGUGGGUCAGUUCCAUGACCUGGCCUGAGACCGUCUCUCCUCGUUCUCCGACAAGUCUUCCCUGGAGCCUUGGUUCAGGAAGACAACUGGGAGAUGGCACAUCGCAACAUCAUGUCGAGCCCGAGCAAGAUGCUGAACUCGUCUCGUGGAGUCCUGUUCGUGCUGAUUGCGUUGCUGCUGCUCUGGGGCUUCCAUCUCGGCGCCUACCUGGACCCCUCAAGCUCGGGUGGAUCCACGUCAUUGUUCGACUUCAAGUCAAAGAGCGCCAAAUCUCCCCUGUCAGCACAUGUUCACACUUAUUUCGACCAGGUUUUCGCUGCGGAGAGACCCCCGGACUAUGCAUUCACUGCUCUCAAAGCCGCCUGCGAGCGGACGACAUGGGAGGAGCACAACAAGAACACGUUUCUGAGAUGCGACGGCAUCAACGCGGGCAUGACCUCGAUCAUGUCUCAGGUCAAAGUGUGCUUCAAGAUGGCGAUCGACGCCGGCGUGAACAUGCUUCUCCCCGACAUGCCACUGCGAGACAGCGACGACCUCCUAGAGUUCAAUCUUCUGAAUGAGUCGGCAUACAUGCCUUUCGCCAAGUGGUUCGACCAAGACCAUGUGCUGGCAUCCAUGUCCAGGGCCUGCCCCCAGAUGCAGAUACGACAGAGCAAAGAUGCGGGCACACCAGAAAUGCAAGUCAAGAACGAGUGGCGGAUGGACAUCGGGUCAGCUCCGGGUUUCCAAAUGCUUUCUGGGUACUUCUGGGUCGGGCGGCCUUUUAAGUCCUGGUUCGACGGCGAGCUAGCUGCGAUGCGGUUCCUCAGCAGUGUCAGUUCAAACGAAGAAUCCGCCGAGGGGGAGAGUACUAGCGAGCUGUCACGGUCGACAAAGGCUGAAGACGGCGCAACUAUCGUCCAGAUAGCCUCGCAGUUCCUCCUCUUCCACCUCACGGACGACCCAACCGGCCGGGAUGUGGCCCUGUGGAACGACCUCACGCACCUGAUCCGCUUCACUGAGACCACACGAAGGCUCACGAAUAGGAUCCUCUCUCAUAUCGAUCGGCCCUACUAUGGAGUUCACUUUCGCACGGAGCGCGACAACAUCUGGUCGUCCUUCGAAAACCAGCUGAAGGUCGACCUCGACGCGCUCGACCAAGCCUGGGAACGGUAUGGGUCGCCGUCGCGGGAGAAGCCGCUGGUGUAUCUUGCUUGUGGGGACGAGGGCCAGAUUGAGAAGUUCUCGGAGGCUGCCGCGCACCGCGGCUGGAUUGUUACGUCCAAAUACGACAUCGCUAAAGACUAUCCCGUCACGUUGAAGAUGAUCAAAGAUAUGCCUUUCGACUUUCAAGGCGCAGUGGACAUGGGCAUCAUGCUAGAGAGUCACUUCUUCCUGGGUCUAACAGGGAGUGCUUUUUCGAGCUCUGUCGCGAAUAUGAGGGAUCCAACGGGGAGCUCGACUUUGCAUCAGGGUAAUACGGCUGCACGCCCCACUGGAGAGUACACCUACGUGGUUCCACCUCCAACAGCUCGCUGGGACAGCAUCGCUCCCGACGGCGCCGUUGACUAG